UGGGACUAGUCUUUGUGAUAGGUCUAUCCUUAGUCUCUCCGUUUACAGUAAACCUUCAUUGUUGUUGCUGCUGAAAUACUCCGAAAAGUAGAAACAAGACAGAAACAAGACUAAUUGGACUGAUUCUACAAUUGGCCGUUUUGAAGGGAAGCCCCCCGCCCACCUCCGGUGCCAAAAUGCCGUUGGUGACAAGGAACAUCGAGCCUCGCCAUGUGUGCCGCCAGGUGCUCCCCCCAAAAAUCCGCAGCGAGCUGGAAUGUGUCACCAACAUCAGCCUCGCCAACAUCAUACGCCAGCUAGGCAGCCUCAGUAAGUAUGCAGAGGAUGUGUUUGGAGAGCUGUUUGUGCAGGCGGGGGCAUUUGCUAUCAGGGUGAACUCACUGGGAGAGAGAGUGGACCGUCUACAGGUCAAAGUCACCCAGCUCGACCCUAAAGAGGAGGAGGUCUCUCUGCAGGCCAUCACCCAGAAGAAAGCGUUUCAUAGUAAUCUGACUCAGGACCAGCAGUUGUUCUGUAGACCCUCUUUGCCACUGCCUGUACAGGAGACCUAUCUGACCUGUAACCCUCCUCCGCCACUCAACAACCUCAGCCAGUACAGGGACGAUGGUAAGGAUGCUCUGAAGUUCUACACGGACCCCUCCUACUUCUUUGACCUGUGGAAGGAGAAGAUGCUGCAGGACACCAAGGACAUCAUGAAGGAGAGACGCAAACACAGGAAGGAGAAGAAGGACAAUCAGAGUCUGCGGACUCUGAAUCCCAGGAAGAUCAAGACCAGAAAGGAUGAGUGGGAACGCCGCAAGAUGGGGGAAGAGUUUGUGGUACCCAAGAACGACAUGGGAGAAUCUCUUGAGGGUCUGAAUGGCAGUAUUGGUUCAGGAGAAGGCUGUUAUUCCCCCGAUGGUUUAGACCAGAGUACAGGGUCGUACGCCUUCGAACCUGGCUCCCCCCUCCCUCCCCCUGCUCCCGAUGACUUCCUGCCCCCUCCACCCCCAGACAUGGCUUAUCAUGACGGACAGUACGGAGCACCAACCCAGAAGCGCACCAGCGUUCUGAGCCCCACACACCCUCCUCCAGCCCCUCCCAUGCCCUCUUCUGCUCCCAUUGGCUCCCGGCCCAACCUGGCCCCUCCCCCUGCCCCACCUCCCUCUCCCCCCUCUGGCUUUGGAGUCCCUCUCCCUCCUCCCCCCUCUGGAUUUGACUCCUCCCCUCCCCCUCAUCUCUUCUCCUCUACCUAUCCCUCCCCCCCUUCCCCACCUCCCCAUUUCUCCCAGACCUCCAUCUCUCCGCCUCCUCCCCCCUCUCUCCCCCAGGGUGGUGGCGCACCUCCUCCUCCUCCUCCCCCGCCUCCCCCAGGCCCUCCUCCCCCCUCUUCUGGCCCUCACCCCCGUCCUUCUAUUGGGGCUCCCCCUCCUCUCAAACCCACCCAGGUUCAGCCAGAAGCCCCCGCUGAUGCUCACAAUGACCUGCUGUCAGCUAUCCGGCAAGGUUUUAACCUGCGUAAGGUGGAGGAACAGAAAGAGCAGGAGAAGAAGGAUAACUACGGCAAUGACGUGGCGGCCAUCUUGUCUCGCCGUAUUGCUGUGGAGUGCAGCGACAGCGAGGACGACUCCUCGGAGUUGGACGAUGACGAUUGGUCCGAGUGAGACCUCCUUCAUCACCGCCACGGUCUUCCUCAGUCCUCCUCAGAGAGAAUGCGUCAUGUCCUUUUGCCAUUACUUAUUUAUAACCAAUGAUCUGAGGAGUAGAGGGCCAAAGACAAGUGUGUCCUCAGGGUUCCACACUCCUGUCUAAGCCAAUCACAUUCCCUGUAUGCUUUAUGUAUGACUUAACUGAGAAGCCAAUGACUUAAGUAUGGAGAACGGUCCAAAUAUAAAAAAGCCAAUUAUUUCUAAGGGGCAGAGGGCCAAAGGUGUGUGUGUGUGUGUGUGUGUAAUGAGAAUUAUUCUCACAGAUAACGUACAGUAUAUCGUAUAGAUAUUGAUCCUUACAUGCAUACACAGACACACAGUCCCAUAAUGGUAUAAUUGAUGAACUGUGUUAUGUAUUAAGAAUCAUAUUUUACGUAAAGAUAGUUAAAAGAUGUGCUAAAUAAGACACACAGCACAAAGAAAGGUUUUUAUUGCAGUUUUCUUUUUUUUCCUCCUGUCUUUCGCUCUGUUGUUGGCAUGGGAAUGGUUACCUAGGUGACGGAGGGACUUACUCAUAGGUGGGGGGGAUAGAAAGAGAAUGUAUUUAUAUAAAUAGGAGGACGUUCAGCAGAACCAAGUCUUCUGAACCUUAUCUAAACGUUCUGUAACAUUCCGAGUCAGCUCUAGCUCAAAAACACAAUGUCCCCUGACUGUCAAAACAUGCUCUGCCCAAUAAGUGAUCCCUCUUUUGCCCCUAGACCCGCCCCUCCAUAAGUGCCUUUUGCUUUUCAUGUUCAUAUGCGAGGAGGACGAAGUUACCCUUAGACAGUAAUCUAGGGUCAGGUUGCUUAUUUCCCCAUCACCGUAGGAUUGGAGUAUGGGUAACUGAUCCUAGAUCUGUGUCUGAGACAACUUGAUUGUCUUCUGUUUUAGUGCCUUCUGUUUGUUUGAAAUCCAAAGUGUAAAGCCACAAUCAGACCUGAACAUGUUAUUAUCCAACCACCUGUUUCUGCAUGUCUUGUCUGUCUCUCAACUUUAUCAGUGAUGAUUAUUACAAUAAUAAAGAUACAAUGAACUACA